GGCCAAGUCACCGCCGCCUCCGCGUGGCUCGGGGACGGGUGUGGCGCCGUACUUCGAGCAGAUUGAUCCGUGCAAGCCGCCGCCCCCGCUGCCGACGUAUGGCGGGUACCAGUGCGUGUGCGCGAACGGGCUCACUGUGGUGAACAACAAGGACGGCAGCCAGGCUUGCGUGCUCGAGGACGUUUGUGGCGUGUUCAAGAUGAACCCAUGUGGCAAGGGCACGUGCAUGAACGUGGGCGACGGCACGUACACCUGUGUGUGCCCCACUGACUUUGUCCUCAGCCAGUACAGCUCUGGUGCCACCACCUGCAUCCCCAGGACGACGCCCCCCGCGACGACGUACGUGACGCAGGCGGGCGACUCGUGCUACGCCAUCUACUCCAUGUUCGGCCUCACGCACUCAGACUUCCUCGACCAGAAUGAGGGAGUGGAUUGUACCAACCUGCAGCCAGGCAUUCUUCUCAACGUCUCUGCUCCUAACCCCGCGCUCGUCUGCGUCACACAUUACCCCAUCUCCGCGGCGGACAGCCUAGCAACGGACUGCACGGCUCUGGAGGCCAAGUUCGGAGUGAACCUCACCGACCUCAACCCAGGCCUCAACUGCGCUCAACUCAUUCCUGGACAGCAGGUGUGUCUGGAGCGAGCAAUGAACGUGGAUGGUGUGAGCAACUACCAGCUGUGCACAGAGUACCACGGCAUUGCAGCGGGGGAAACGUGUGCCAGCAUCAUAGCCGCUGCCUCCAUCUCCUGGCUCACGCUCUACCGCCUCAACCCCGGCCUGCUCUGUGACAACCUCAACCCGCUCAUGCAGCAAGAGCGCCGUACGAUCGGACCUGAAGCCAUGGCGUCAAGUAGCUUUACCGUUGGCGCCGUGCGACACGACUCUAGUAGUGCCAUCGCCACCCCUCGCCGUGAUUCGCGGAGCGUUAAGGCUUUGUUCGUCUCUUGUCUCUCGAAUAAGGCCGGAUCCCCUCACCUCCUCUCCUCCCCGCGCUCGCCGCUCGUUACAUGCGUCCGUCGAUCGUCCCCACCCUUCGAAUCUAAGCCCAGAUCUGCGCACCCGAACCGCGUCUCCUGGCGGACUUUCGCCGGCUUGAAACCACGGGAGCGAGGGGAAGGGGAAGGGGGAGGGGGGAGGGGGAUGGAGCUGGUAAUUUCCGCCAUAGAGAACCACCGCCGCAGGUUGGACAAGCGGGCGCGCGGAAGAUUCCGCCAGCCGGGGGCAGGCGCAACCGGAGGCAGAGGGAGCUCACCUUCCCGGGUAAAAUUCCGCGCAAGAGGGGGGAUGCAAGACGAUGCAUGGCAAGCGGGGGGGUGGAGUGAAGAGAGCCGCGGCAGCGGAACCAGCGGAGGCGGGGCGUUUGGCGGUCUCCGCGACCCCCUGCAGUCGCUAAGCGGCGCGCGCCCAUCGUCCGCGGAGUCGGACUCUCUCCCCGCGGACUUGCGCGACAGGGCGCUCUCCGCGGUAGAGGCGCUCGUGGCGGAACCUGGACGGGCGGCAGGGGGAAAUCAAGGCGGCGGAAGCGGAAGGGAUAGGUACGGGCGGGUGACUGUGGGUGACGUGGCGGCGCGCAGCGGAUUGAAAGUAGGCGAUGCGGAAAAGACGCUCAAGGCUUUUGCGGCGGAUGGGGAAGGGUUUCUAGAGGUAUCGGACGAGGGCGACGUGCUGUACGUGCUGCCGCGCAACCUGCGCGCGCUCAUCGCACAGCGCUCCCUGCGCAUGCGCCUCGCUCCCAUGGCGGCGCAGGCCAAGGCGGCAGCAGGGUAUGUGAUGCGAGUGUCGUUCGGAACGGCCCUGGUGGCAUCAGUGCUGGUUGUCUAUACAUCCAUCUUUGUCCUCAUGACCUCUGCACAGGGGGACAGCGAGGAGAGGAGGGGGAGGGGGAGAGGCCACUACCACCGUUACCGCGGCCCAACUUUCUUCUUCAACAUUGCGGAUCUGCUCUGGUACUGGGACCCGGGGUACCACCGGCGCGUGCGCAGCGAGUUGCAGCAGCGGGAGAUGAGCUUCCUUGAAUCCGUGUUCUCCUUUGUGUUCGGUGAUGGAGACCCCAAUGAUGGCCGGGAGCAGCACAGAUGGAGACUGAUAGGAGAGGUUAUCAGCAGCAGGGGCGGGGUGGUGGCAGCACAGGAGAUCGCACCGUACCUUGACCUACCAGAGGACCUGUCUAACGAGGCCUACAUGCUGCCGGUGCUACAGCGAUUCCAAGGCACGCCCUCUGUGGACGACCAGGGACACAUAUUCUAUGCAUUCCCUCUGCUCCAGCGCACCGCAGAGCAGCAUGCUACGCGCACCCCCUCCUCCUUUUACUCCAACUCUCGUGCACCAGCUCCUAUCUUCGUUGAAAACACCUGGUCCUUCAGUGACGCCCCCCCCACCAAGCGAGCUUUGGCAGUGGGGCUGGGAAUUAUCAAUGUGGUUGGCGUGUUAAUACUCUCCUCCAUGCUCAGGAACCCAGCCGUUAUUCGGAAGGCAGGGCUUCCUCUAGUUUCCACCAUACAGCGCCUCAUGCCUGCACUCCAGGCCUAUUCGGUGGCGUUCUUUGUCAUUCCCUUGUGCCGCUGGGCGUUCCUCAGCUCCACCAACUCAGCUAUUGAGACUCGCAACCAAAGGAGAAGGGAGAGCGCUCACAUUCUCUCCCAUCCCUCGCCCCACCUCCGGAAGAAGCUGGCUAGUGCACGGCUGAAGGCAGAACAAACUGUUUUGGGAGAGGAGCGAGUGAUAUAUUCCACACAAAAAGAUGUGGCAGAACAGGAGUUGGAGGAGAGCGAGUGGGAUGCUCGGCUGAACAAGAGGCAACAGUUGUAA